AUGGAACUGAUUAUUCCUGCUGGUUUACAACAACACGUUACUGGUCCAACACAUCGACGUGGCCAUACGCUAGAUCUUGUCUUGACUCGUUCUGACGAUAAUCUAAUUUCAAAUUUGACUGUUUUGGGAGAAUCAUUAUCUGACCAUCAACCUGUUUUGUGUAACAUCGACUUUCCCCGCCCGCAUGCCACCCGUAGAGCUGUUCUUUUUCGAAAGACUAAAAACAUUGACAUCACAAGAUUUCAGAGUGAUAUUGUGGUGUCCUCACUAGUGGAAAAAGGUUCUGAAGAUGCAACAAAUUUGGACACCCUAGUAACACUCUAUAAUGAUACUCUCUGUUCACUUCUCGACAAACAUGCUCCGAUACAAUCAAGGAAUAUUACUGUUAGACCACACUCUCCUUGGUACACGGAUCAACUACGGCAACUAAAACGUGAGAAACGACGGUUGGAGAGACAAUAUGUAUCUACCACCUUAACUGUCCACAAGCAAAUGUACCAACAGGCAUGUGCUGAGUAUGCUCGUUCACUGGAAACUGCCAAAGUAAAUUAUUAUACGACCAAAGUACAGGGGUGUAAUAAAAAACAGUUGUUUAACUUUGUCGAUGAAAUGCUGAAUGUGAAAACUACUCCAAUUCUACCAAAACAUGAAUCCACCGAGGAUCUAGUUGAACAGUUCAGUGCACAUUUUGAAUAAAAAAUUCUUAUCUUAAGACGGGAACUAUCUGAAUUACGUUCAAAUGUAACUGUUGAUCGGGCCGAGAAAUGUUGCAGUUUUCUAACACAUUUUGAGCGAGUUUCAAUAAGUGCAGUGCAGGAUAUCAUCAUGGUGUCAAAACCCAAAUCUUGCCAAUUAGACCCAAUUCCAACAUGGUUGCUCAAAAGUUGUAUUGAUGUCCUUUUACCAACUAUAACAACCAUCAUAAAUGCAUCUUUGGAACAAGGAGUUUUUCCAACGAAAUGGAAAGAAUCUCUUCUGCGGCCUCUUAUCAAGAAAAUGUCAUUAGAUCGAGAUGAAUUUAAUAAUUUUAGGCCAAUCUCAAAUUUAGCAUUUCUCUCCAAAACACUCGAAAAGAUUGUUGCUUCCCAACUUGACACCUACUUAACAAAUCAUCAAUUAUAUGCCAAGAUGCAGUCAGCGUACAGAAUCCAUCACAGUACAGAGACAGCACUACUUAGAGUUGUGAAUGACGUAAUGAGGGGGAUUGAUGAUCAACAAGAAUGUGUUCUAGUGUUACUUGAUCUUUCAUCAGCAUUCGACACAAUUGAUCACGACAUUUUGCUUGACAGGCUGUGUAAUCGUUAUGGUCUUUCGGGG